AUGGGCCAGCAAGGGCACAAGAUGCGCAGUGACGCCAGGGAGUUUGUCCCUGGGUCAAUGUCCACGGCUGUCUGGACACAAGCACAGUUGGACUUGGCCCGGCAAGGGCUCCGCUAUGAAGCCGCUGAGUUUGUUCCCCCAUCCAUUCUCGACUUUGGGCUUUGCCCUGGCACGAUGUCGGCAGAGGACGGUGGUCAAGACCCUAUACUGUCGGUGCUGUGCAGCCGCAGGGAUCAGCCGGAAGGUGAAGAGGAGGACCUCCAAUUUGGGGUGCAGAGCUCUGAUGGAGGCCUGGAAUCCAAGAGGAAGGCGCAGCUUCAUCCAGCAGCAGUGGAUCUGGCGCCCGGGGAUUGGUCAUGUUGCCAAGCAAGCGAAGCCGUGGUGCUGGAACACAACACUUAUGGUUCUACUCAGCUCGAAACGUCGCACAUGCACAUGCGUGCUGAAGAGACUCAUGAUCCUGCCAUGGCACGAAGCAGCAGGAGCAGUGUUGAAGAGCCAGGAGCUCAUGUUGACAGCUGGGCUCCUCUAGCUUUGAUGGAUGUGGCGCACGAUGGUUCAGUGCAGCCAGGUCCGACGCAGUCUUGUCCUGCCGGGUCCCUGGCAGCAACUUUAGCUUUUUAUUCAAUGGGCUGCCCAGAAAAUGAAGCUGUUUUGGUGGAGCACAGCACUCAUGGCAUUGUUGAAUUCAAGAACUCCCCCAUGCACGAUGAGAAGAAUCAUGACGUUGUCAUCGCCCGAAACAGCGAGAGCAGCGUUGAAGAGCCCCAGGUGGCUGACAAUGACAGCUGGGCUCCUCCAGCCUUCACGGACGUGGAGCACGAUGGUUCAGAAGACUCGGCUCAGCUGCAGUCUGGCACGUCACAAUCUCUGGCAGCUGCCUCAACGCGGAGAGCACCAUCUCAGAAUGUGGUGCCAGAUGGCGCCCUCCCCUUUCAGAUUGAGUCGGGCAUCGAGUACGAGCGAGGCUGGGUCAAGUACAAGCAUCCAGUCAGCGCAGAGAUCUGGUUCCACAAUGAACGCACCGACGACUGCUUCUUUGCGCAGAACAGCGCUGAGUGGGGCUGGGUUCUGUUUGAAAGUCACGAGGGGCAGCUGUGGUGGUGGCACGAGCAGCGCAAAGUCUUCUUCUUCGAGGGCCUGAAGUAG